AUGCCUGAAUCGGUAGAUAAACCCCUUGAGGCGAAGGUCAAUGAUUUGACUAUCACAGGUGCAACUCCGUCAACUCCCGAAGUGAUUCCAAAACCAAUUGUGGAGGAUGAAGAUGAAGAUGAUGACGAUGAUGAAGAUAAACCUACUGAAACUGGUGAAAAGAAAAAGAAGAAGAAAAAGAAGAGUAAGAAGAAGAAGAAGUUGACUACUAUUGAUUCCCUGUAUCCUGAAGGUGUUUUCCCUGAAGGUGAAUGGCAAGAAUAUCCUCUUGAUAUUAAUAGUUAUAGAACUACUCUGGAAGAAUUACGAUAUUUAGAUAGACAACAAAAUAAUAAAUGGGAAGAUUUCAGAAAGGGAGCUGAGAUUCAUAGAAGAGUAAGGAAUAAAGCUCAAUCAUCAAUUAAACCGGGGAUGUCAAUGAUUGAAAUUGCUAAUUUAAUUGAAGAUUCCGUUCGUACUUAUGCUGGGGCCGAUCAUACUUUAAAAGCUGGUGUUGGAUUCCCAACUGGAUUAUCAUUAAAUCAUGUUGCAGCUCAUUAUACUCCAAAUACAGGAGAUAAAUUAACCUUAGCCAAGGAUGAUUUAAUGAAAGUUGAUAUUGGAGUUCAUGUCAAUGGUCGUAUUUGUGAUUCAGCAUUCACUAUGUCAUUCAAUGAUACUGGGAGAUAUGAUAGUAUAUUAGCAGCUGUUAAAGCAGCUACUAAUACUGGGAUUAAAGAAGCUGGUAUUGAUGUUAGAUUGAAUGAUAUUGGAGAAGCUAUUCAAGAAACUAUGGAAUCUUAUGAAAUGGAAUUAGAUGGAAAGACAUAUCCUAUUAAAUGUAUUAGGAAUUUAAAUGGUCAUAAUAUUGGAGAUUUUAUAAUUCAUUCGGGUAAGACUGUUCCUAUUGUUCCAAAUGGAGAUAUGACUAAGAUGGAAGAAGGAGAAACUUUUGCUAUUGAAACGUUUGGAUCAACUGGUAAUGGAUAUGUUUUACCUGAAGGGGAAUGUUCUCAUUAUGCUCGUAAUCAAGGUACUGAAAAUAUCAAUCCCCCAUCUAAAAGUGCUAAAGAAUUAUUAGGGAGAAUUAAUGAAAAUUUCGGUACUUUACCAUGGUGUAGAAGAUAUUUAGAAAGAACAGGUGAAGAGAAAUAUUUAUUUGCGUUGAAUCAAUUGGUUAGAGCUGGAAUAGUGGAAGAAUAUCCUCCUAUUGUGGAUAAAAGAGGAAGUUAUACUGCUCAAUUUGAACAUACUAUAUUAUUACAUCCUCAUAAGAAAGAAGUUGUUACUCGUGGUGAUGAUUUCUAA